CUACGUCUGCACGCAAAGGUCGUCCGGCCGCCUCCAGCGCUCCACCCAUUCCCUGCGAACCUGCCGCCCUUCGCCGAAGCGCCCCUCCCUUCGCUUCGUUUCUCCCUCCGCCACGUACGCCACGCACCCACCUAGAUCCUUAGCAGCUGCUCGUGUCCAGUCCUCCUGCUCAUCCUCUACUGUGUGGAUCCUCUCUCGGUUGAGGGAUGACACCCCAGAGAGUUAUUUGACUUUGAAGAUAAACGAGACAAGAUGGGCUCUUAUCUAAGCACUGCAAUCAGUAAGGCUCAAUCCAUGGAUUCAGACGAGGUACAUGGAUCAGUUUCAAACAAAAGGGCCAAGAUAACCGCAUAUGUUUGUGGGUCAUAUUCAAGGAUAAUUCCGACUCUUCCUGAUGAGCUUUCAUUUCAAAUUCUAGCAAGGUUACCACGGAUUCAUUACCUAAAGAUGAAGUUGGUUAGCCGAACUUGGAAGGCGGCAAUCACCGGCACUGAGCUUGCCCAGCUGAGAAAAGAGCUUGGGUUAACUGAAGAAUGGUUGUAUAUACUGACCAGAGUUGAGGCAAAUAAGCUUGAAUGCUAUGCACUCGAUCCAUUGUUCCAGAAAUGGCAAAGGCUGCCAUCCAUGCCUUCAUUCGCCAAUGAGGCGGAUUCCACUGGGAGGACGCAGUAUUCUGUGUUUCGGAUGUGGAAUGCAGUGGGCUCAAGCAUCAGGAUUGCUGAUUUCUUUAGGGGAUGGUUUUGGCGCCGAUAUGGUUUGGAUCAAAUGCCUUUUUGUGGGUGCUCUGUCGGAGUUGCUGAUGGUUGCUUGUAUGUCUUAAGGGGGUUUUCCAAAGCUGUUGCCUUGAAUUGCGUGUGGAGGUAUGACCCUUGUGUCAAUUUGUGGCAGGAAGUUAACCCGAUGAUAUCUGGUAGGGCUUUCUCUAAGGCAUCAUUAUUGGAGAGUAAGUUGUAUGUGGUUGGUGGUGUUAGUAGGGGUCGGAACGGAUUGCUUCCUCUACGGUCGGGUGAAGUGUUUGAUCCGAAAACUGGUUUAUGGAGUGAGUUGCCGGAAAUGCCUUUCGUGAAAGCACAGGUAUUACCGACAGCUUUCUUGGCCGAUGUGCUGAAGCCUAUCGCCACUGGGAUGGCAUCCUAUAACGGAAAGCUCUAUGUUCCUCAGAGCCUGUACUCAUGGCCAUUCUUUUUCGAUAUUGGAGGUGAGAUCUAUGACUCGGAAUUAAACUCUUGGUCAACUAUGCCAGAUGGUCUUGGCGAUGGAUGGCCAGCAAGGCAAGCAGGCACAAAAUUAGGUGUUGUAGUCAAUGAUGAGCUUUAUACAUUGGAUCCUUCCAGCUCCUUGGACAGUGGACAGAUAAAAAGGUAUGAUGCUGAAGAAGAUGUCUGGAGAACUAUAGUACCACACGUUCCAGUUCAUGAUUUCACUGAUGCGGAGUCUCCUUAUUUACUCGCUGGCCUUCAUGGGAAGCUCCAUGUUAUUACAAAAGAGGCAAACAAUAACCUUCAAGUUAUGCAAGCUGUAUUGGAGAAUAACACGGGAAACGAUACGCCUGAAGAAAACGUCUUAUGGAACAUAGUAGCCUCGAAGAACUUUGGGGCUGCAGAGCUUAUUAGCUGUCAGGUUCUCAAUGUUUAAAAUGAUGAGUUGCUGCCAGCACCGAGUUUUUUCCAAGAAAUACUUAGAGUCACUGAGACAAUGUUACAUACGGAAUUGCUCCACACACGACAUCAUGUGGCCGAUCCAUGAACGACAAUAAAUCCAGCGAACAGAGUGUGGGCUGUGGACGAGUUUCGGUGGCUGGGAUUCAUCGUCGUGCACUGGUCGUCUAAAUUAGUCGUCCGCCUAGCAGUGUUGUGUUACAUAUAUUUAACUGGGAGUAAUGUAUGUACAUUAUACGUAUUUAGAUUCUUGCAAGUCAAGCCAUUCCUCAAACAAUGCCACAUAUAGUCAUGUAGACAACACUAUUGACGUACUCCCUCCGAUUCUAAAUGUAGGACCUUUUAGAGAUUUCAAUAUGGACUACAUACGAAUGUAUA